AUGCCGCUCCAGAGAUCUCCUUCAGAUCGCCGACCACCGCUUGCUGAAUCAAUGAAUCAGAUCCGUUCUCGCAGGAUGUUGCGUUCUAGUACUACUUCAAUCCCAUCUACACCAGUUUCAAUGAUGAAAACCCAAACUCCAAGACAUCUGAUGACUCGAGAUAGACCAGAACUUCGACAAGAGUAUCAAUCGAUUACAACCGAUUUCCAAGCCUUGGAAAAAAUGGUGAAAGAUCAAUUCGGAAAUCAAGACUUAUCUAUGACUGAUUUGACCAACACUUACAGCGCUGCUCCAUUUGAAAGAGGCAGGUUUUAUGAUGAAUACUCUGCUAGAAGAAAUGAGAGAUUAAGAAGAAGAAAAGGAGGCGAAACUGUGGAAGAGAAGAAGAAGCCUAGCAGUGUUUAUAAUCUUGGUGUUGUUGAAUCUACUAUCAAGAAAAAAGGAGGAGAUCAAAAGAAACUGGAAACUUUAAGGAAAUCAGUGCCUGCUAAUUUCUCAAUUCCUAGAUCUGAAACAACGGGUACUACUUCAAGAUAUUCUUUGAGAAGUAGCACUAAAGAUGUCAGUAAAUUCACUAUGUCAUCAGGCAAAUUAUCUUUCAGCAGUAUGGAUGGAGAACGCAGUAAGAUCACUACUCGUCGAGGAGGAGGAGUUCGUAAGAUCUGA